GCUACAUCGACCAAUUUCGAAGGUAUUUGUAGAGAGACUAAAGGACGAUGACGAUCCUAACUUGCCAAUCUAUUUAAACGACCGUUGUCACUUUGCAAGAGACGAAGCUUGCAAGAGAAGCAGUAGCUGUAGCUGUAGCUGCGACGAGCAAAAAGAAGUCUUCACCUCUUCUUCUCAAACUCGCCAUGGAUUUGGACCCGGAUGAGGUUUUUAGAGACGACGACGACGAUCCCGACAAUCCAUUCUUUCAGGAAAGGGAGUCGACGAAGGAACUGGCGGUUUACUUGGUUGAUGCUUCCCCUAAAAUGUUCACCACGACUUGUCUCUCCGAAGAUAAAAAAGAAGAAACCCAUUUUCAAGUUGCUUUGAGCUGCAUUUCACAAUCAUUGAAGACUCAAAUCAUCAACAGAAGUUAUGAUGAAGUUGCCAUAUGCUUUUUUAACACAAGGGAAAAGAAGAAUUUGCAGGAUCUAAAUGGUGUCUUUGUGCUUAAUGUCCCUGAGCGAGAAGAUCUUGAUCGACCGACAGCAAGGCUUCUAAAAACCAUUGAUGGCAUAGAGGAAGUAUUUAUGAAAGAGAUUGGAAGUCAGUAUGGUAUUGUCUCAGGUUCUCGUGAGAAUGCUCUUUACAAUGCUUUAUGGGCAGCCCAAGCGCUGCUGCGGAAAGGAUCUGCAAAGACACUUGAUAAGCGGAUUCUUUUGUUUACAAAUGAAGAUGAUCCUUUUGGAAGUAUCAAAGGUGCUACUAAAUUUGAUUUGAUAAGAACUACAUUACAGAGAGCAAAGGAUGCUCAAGAUCUUGGCAUUUCAAUUGAACUUUUCCCACUGAGUUGCCCUAAUGAGCAGUUUAAUCUCUCUCUUUUCUACGCUGAUUUGGUUGGACUAGAAGGGGGUGAUCUUGUUCAAUAUUUGCCUUCAGCAGGAGAUAGAUUACAAGAUAUGAAGGAUCAACUGAAGAAACGGAUGUUCAAGAAGCGUGUAGUCAGGAGACUCAAAUUGUCUAUCACCAAUAAAUUGUCAAUUGACGUUAAUAGUUAUGCAUUGAUUCGUCCCACCCUUCCUGGAGCAAUCACUUGGCUUGAUUCUAUCUCAAACCGUCCACUUAAGACAGAGAGGUCAUUCAUUUGUGCAGAUACAGGUGCACUAUUUCUGGAACCUUCAAAGAGAUUUCAGCUUUAUAAAAAUCAGGUAAUAAAAUUCUCUGGGGAGGAGUUAUCUGAGAUCAAGAGAGUAUCUGCUGGACAUCUUCAGCUUCUAGGUUUCAAGCCAUUAAGCUGCUUAAAAGAUUAUCACAAUUUACGUCCAUCAACAUUCUUAUAUCCUAGUGACGAGGGAAUGAGUGGUAGCACUUGUAUCUUCAUUGCUCUCCACAGGUCCAUGGUGAAGCUCAAUCGUUUUGCAGUUGCUUUUUUUGGUAGUCCAUCUCGCCCCCAACUAGUUGCUCUUGUGGCCCAAGACGAGAUCAUUACUGCUGCGGGACAAGUUGAGCCGCCAGGAAUGAACAUGUUAUAUCUGCCUUAUGCUGAUGACAUCCGACAUGUAGAGGAGCUUCAUCCGAAUCCUGACAUUGCACCUAGAGCGACUGAUGAUCAAGUAAAAAAGGCUGCUGCUUUAAUGAAACGCAUUGACUUGAAAGAUUUUUCAGUUUGCCAGUUUGCCAAUCCUGCCUUGCAGAGACAUUAUGCAGUGCUGCAGGCUUUAGCCUUGGAAGAAGAUGAAAUGCCUGAGGUUAAUGACGAAACAGUCCCUGAUGAAGAAGGAAUGGCUAGACCUGGGGUCGUAAAAACAUUAGAAGAAUUCAAACUAUCGGUUUAUGGGGAGAAUUACGAGGAGGAGGAAGCUGGAAAAGGAAAAGUGAGUGAAGUUUCAAAAAAGAGAAAAGCUAUAUCAGAGACUGCUUCUCAAAAGUGUAAAGAAUAUGACUGGGCUGACCUUGCAGAUAAUGGAAAGUUGAAGGAAUUGUCAGUUGUGGAGUUGAAGUAUUAUUUGACAGCACAUGAUCUUCCAGUGUCUGGAAAGAAGGAAGCUUUGAUAAGCAGGAUACUAUCACAUAUGGGAAAGUAAAGCAUGCAGUUGAAUUGAGUCAAAAUCCUUCACUUCAUAAGCUUCUUCUAUGCCUUCCAACAUGUAGAAUGAGAAAUGUUUUGAUUGCCAACUGUAAGACUCUACUCUUAAGUUAGAUUAUGACACUUGUGCAAAGUAUAAACCAUCAUGUUGCCAAGAAACAGUGCCAUGAGCUUGUUUUGAACAAAUAUUAAUAUAUUAUCCGAUUGAGAAAAGUUCUUUUUUUUUUC